ACUACUCAGGGUGGUUGUUAUGAGGCCCUGAAAAGACUGGGAACAGAUUUUUCACAGAAAUAAUAAUUAUCCUUAAGAGCAAAGCAGAUUACAGUGAGAAAGCCGUUGUCACUUCAUUUGCAGAGAAGCCGGAUUCAAAAUGGCGGACACUGCAGUAGAUGAUGCACCAGCAGAAGCAGUUCAGCAGAAUAAUCUUCAAGAAAACACUGGUUUUAAUGGAGUGAAUGGUGUCCAUGGAAAUGAUGAGCAGGUCUCUCCCGUAGGGGGCGCCCCAUCUGACCUCCAUGUCUCAAAAUCCCCCCAAUAUGACUCUUUUGUUGAUAGACCCACAACCCAAGGUCACAACAUUGAUGACCUUUUGACCUUUGACCCAGGCACAGCAUCUAGGCCGAAUGAGGACCAUGCCAUUGUGAUGAAUCCCUUGAAUCAAUUUGGUUUUGGCCAAGAACCCCUGGUCCCCCUUCAAGCAGAGCCUGGGAUCCCCAUAUCUCCCCCUGCAGUAAGUUCGCCUGAGCAUCUCCAAAAUAAUAACCCUUUCUUGAAUGACAGAAUUGACCAGGAAGAGGGUAGCCCAACCCCGGGGGAUUCCCAGGGGUCACCUGACGGAGCCCCUGAACAGUAUGAGAAUGACUUCCUUCCUAGUGACACCCCUUCUGGCCAGGAAGACUCUGCGUCCCAACCAGACGGUGCAGAAAGCCCCAUGGAAUCUGGCACUGAUCUUAUGACUGGGAGCUUUGUCGGGGACGCUCUUCCCUCAGAGGAGGAGCGUCACGCAGACACCUCAUCUCCCUUUGUCACAGAGCACUGGGCUAAUGAGAAUGUGUCCCCCUCCCCUGAUCAGCCACCAUGCUCUGGUGCCAGUCUGGUCAGAGAAAACAACAAUCCAUUCCUUAACCCCUAUGACCCAGCUGUGGAAGACAGCAGGCCAGAGACGGAGGGAGAGGAGGGCCUGUACAACAGAAAUAGCCCCCCUCUAACUCCAGAGGCUGAGGAAUCUUUGACGCCCACUGAGGAACAUGCUCCCAAACCUGAUUUAUUGGGUGAUUUGUCCAUUCCUCAAGCAUCCCCUGCCCCUGAUGAUAAGGCCUCUGAUGUGGAUCAGUAUGAAGAGCAGUUAGAUCUCAAUGAGAGCAGCUCACAGGAAGUUGUUGGCUCUCGACAGGAAGUGUACUCUCCAACCCAACCUGAUGUUGCCCAAGAGGCAUACUGUCCUGCCCAACCUGAUCUGACAGAAUUUGAAAAGCAUGCCCAUCGUGAGCCCGACUUUGACACUGAGAUGAAGUAUGAAAAUGAGGAAUCUGAAAAACAAGCCUCUUAUUUAGAUUUGGAAGCUGAGGGAGUUUAUGGUGAGGAGGAGGAGGAGGAGUUAAGUCGACAGCCAUGUGCUGGUAGGGCAGAGGAGGAGCAGGUUGGCUUUGAUAAUGGUGAACAGUAUGGCCCUGAACAUGAUUUACCCACCCAACCAGUCAGCCCUGAACAGGAAUCUACAGGUGCCCCUGCCGAUGUUGAUGUUGAAUCCCAUGAAAGUCAAGAAGUUGACCUAAUUCCUGAGGGUCCCCCUUCUCCAACUCCCCAGCCCCCAGUGGUUCCAGAGAGGGGAGAGGAUGAAUACUCUCCCACCCAAGAACCCCUUGCCCCAGAACAAUUUCAUGAUGACCCUGAACACGAAGGUGAUCAUGAUCUUCAUGAAGAGGAAGAUGUUGUGACUCCAGAUGAGGAUGUGGUAUCUCCCACCCCCCAGAGUCCAAAUCUUCCCGAGAGCGAAUCCCAGGAAUUUGUGCAGCUUGAGAAGCUGGUUCAGUCUGAUCAAAUGCCUGGUAAUGAAAGUUUGAGUCAUAUUUCUGGCGAACAUAGAGAAAAGUCUGCUCAAUUAGAAGAAAAAGAAAUGGCUUCUCCUCUUGAGCCGGAGGCCCCUGAAUCUUACCCUUCAGAAUCUGAACUCCCAGAAUCUGAAGUACCAGAAACAGGUCCCCAAGAGUCUGCCCCUGAGGAAAUGGUGCCCCCAGAACCUGAGCCCACAGAGGUGAAGGAUCCAAAGGCUGAAGCUGUUGUCUGUGAUAGUAAAAAGUCUACUGGUCAGUUGGACCAAAGUCCAGCCUCCGAUGAGGCCAAACCUGACAUGGAUGACCAGUACAGUACGGCUGUCCAGUGGGGGAGCGAGGCCCCCUCCACUAUGGAGGAGAGCUUUAGCAAUGACCAGGUCAUUAAGCCCCCAGUGCCCAAAACUGUCACUACAGAUGAAGCACCAAAACAAAAACCAAAGCCAACAAAGAGCGGUACUAAGCCAAUACAGAAGGUCCCACCCACCACAACUAAGCCAAUACAGAAAGUUCCCCCUACAUCUAAAACUUCUAAGCCACCCCCUGCAUCUGCCCCACCCACCAAAUCUGCCGCCCCCAGGAAAGCCCCCACCCCGCGCGCCCCAGGGAGAGACAGGCCUGCAGCACCUGGGGCCAAGGUGCCGCUGAGAAAGAAAAAAGAUGGGACGUCUUCAGACAGUGGGGUAGAAGAUGACAAGUCUGGAGCUAAGAAGACAACCCCAGCAAGAGGUGCACCUUCAGCUACUGCCAGUCGACUGGAGGCAAAGAAAACCUCAACACCAGGUGGCGCCACCCCUGAACGUCCCAAAACGGCUACAAAAUCUCCAAGACCAGCUGCACCCAAGACAACCCCGGCUGCGACUAAGACAUCACGGCCAGAAACGGCCAAGACAGCUACUACCCCUGCCACCAAACCAGCAAGACCCACGUCGGCACGUCUGAAUACUUCACCACGAACUCCUAGCUCUACGUCACCGAGAAAGACACCCUCGCCCAGAAAGGAAGGGGCUGAGAUCUCUCCCAGAACUGCAAGUGCAAGACCAACAAGUGCAAGGCCAGGAAGUGGUGUCAGUCCCGCACUGAAGAAUGUCAAGUCAAAGAUUGGUUCCAUGGACAAUGCCAAGCACACCCCUGGAGGAGGACAGGUCAAGGUGACCAGUCAGAAGAUAGAUGUCAGCAAUGUCCAGAGCAAGUGUGGAUCUAAAGACAACAUAAAACAUAAAGCAGCAGGAGGGGAUAAAAAGAUUGAAAGCAAAAAACUUGAAUGGAAAGUAGAAAGCAAAGUAGGAUCGCUGGACAACGCAAAACAUAAGCCUGGAGGCGGGACCAAAAAGAUUGAAGACAGGAAAAUAGAAUGGAAGGCAGAAUCCAAAGUGGGCUCACUAGAAAAUGCUAAACACAAAGCAGGCGGUGGUGAUAAAAAGAUUCACUGUGAGAAGUUAGAGUGGAAUGCAGGUUCCAAAGUUGGCUCCUUAGAAAAUAACCGUCAUGUACCUGGAGGCGGAAAAGUCAAGAUACAUGAUGAAAAGCUUGAAUGGCGUGCAGAUUCCCGCAUUGGCUCGCUUGAUAAUGCACAACACACACCCUCUGGGGGCGAUGUCAAAAUACACAACGAGAAACUAGAUUUCAAAGAGCGAGCUCACUCCAGGGUCGGCUCCCUUGAAAAUGCCAGUCACAAAGCAGGAGGUGGCGAGAAGAAAAUCUUCAAUGAGAAAGUCCAAGUCAAUGCUCAGUCUCGUAUUGGCUCUCUUGAAAAUACCACUCACACACCUGGUGGCGGGAAAGUCAAAAUUCACGAUGAGAAAUUGGGUUUUAAAGAGAGGGCUCACUCCCGCAUAGGGUCCUUAGAGAAAGCUGAUCACAAACCUGGAGGGGGGAAAGUCAAAAUCCAUGAUGAAAAACUUGAAUUUAAGGAUCAUGCCCAGUCUAAAGUUGGAUCUCUGGAAAAUGCCCAUCACACAGCAGGGGGUGGGCAUGUCCAGAUUCACCAUGAGAAAGUAGAUUUCAGCGAAAGAGCUCAUUCUCGUAUUGGCUCUCUUGAAAACUCUACUCAUACUCCAUCUGGAGGUGACAAAAAGAUCUUCAGCGAGAAGUUGGAGUUCAGUGAGCAUGCCCAGUCCAAAGUUGGUUCCUUGGAGAAUGCCGAGCAUGUGGCUGGCGGAGGCACUGUUCAAAUUGAGAGCAGGAAGUUGGAUUUUAAAGAUAAAGCCCAUUCAAAAGUUGGAUCCAAAGAUAAUAUAACCCACAAAGCUGGAGGAGGGGACAAAAAGAUCGAAUCUCAUAAACUAGACUUCAAAGAGAAAGCCCACGCAAAGGUUGGUUCCUUGGACACUCCACCCAAGUCUCCAAAAUCAACUGAAGGAGGCAGCAGUGUUGGUGACAUCCAAGAUGUGCAAGAAAUACAGUCGCCUGGAGAGGAAACUGCUGUGUGAGAAGACUACAGCGCCAUCUACUAACGGAAAAUAUUAUCAAGACAAUCGAGCUGACUUCUGUCAUUUGAAAUUCUGAUUUCUGAGCCAGAGUGAGGACUUAUCCAUCAGGAAUGUCAUUUGAGGAAGAAGUUUUUAUUUAUUUGCUUAUGUAGAGAAAAAAGGAACAAUCGCCAAGCAGCUAUUCAGCCAGUCAACUUACUGAUGAUAUUGAAUAUUUGAAGUUUAUCAUUAUGUCAGUGCCACCUGUGGUUUGUAUUUUUCUGAAUUUUCUCAAAUGGUAAAAUUUAUUCCAUAUCAUGGAUUUCUAAAGUGGUGUGCAGAGCCUCACAUUGUGUUAGAUGAGUAGCAACACAAUGUGGCAAUUUUUAUCUCAACCAGAAGCAAUUGCAUUGCUACCUUAUCAA